AUGCAGCGAUCCCUGUCUGUGGUCCUGUUCCCCGGCUGGCCCGCACCGCUGCUUUCGCUCCAGGAUGGCGAUUCAAAGACUCCCUGUAUGCAGCGAGAGCCGUUCUCCGCCGUGCCCCGCCCCGGGGCCGGGCCGGGCGCGCCGCGGUGCCGUCAGCGGGCGCCGAGCGCGGCUGUGAGCUCGGCCAUGAGCGCGGCGCUGCUGCAGCUGCUGCGGGCCCUGCGCGCCCCCCGGCCCCGGCCCCGGCCCUGGCCCGGCCCCGCCGCCCGCGGCCUGCGCACGGCCGCGCCCCGCCGCGCCUUCGCCAAGGAGCUGUUCCUCGGCACCCUGCGCAAGGAAGAAGUUUUCCCAUACCCAGAAAUUAGCAAUGAAGAAUUGGCAGAGAUCAACCAGUUUGUGGGACCUGUUGAAAAAUUCUUCAAUGAAGAAGUGGACUCGAAGAAAAUCGAUCAAGAUGCAAAAAUCCCACCUGAAACCUUACAAGGGCUGAAGGACUUGGGUCUCUUUGGCAUGCAGAUUCCAGAGGAGUAUGGUGGGCUGGGUCUGUCAAACACCAUGUAUGCUCGUCUGGGAGAAAUCACAUCCCUGGAUGGCUCCAUUGCAGUGACCCUGGCAGCUCAUCAGGCCAUUGGGCUGAAGGGGAUCCUCAUUGCUGGCACCGAGGAGCAGAAGGCCAAGUACCUGCCCCGGCUGGCGUCGGGGGAGCACAUCGCUGCCUUCUGCCUCACCGAGCCUGGCAGUGGGAGUGAUGCUGCAUCCAUCCAGACAAGAGCAACCCUGAGUGAAGAUGGGAAAUACUUCCUGUUAAAUGGCUCCAAGGUCUGGAUCUCCAAUGGUGGCCUUGCAAGUAUUUUCACAGUGUUUGCCAGGACAGAGGUUGUGGAUAAAGACGGGCAGGUGAAGGAUAAAAUCACUGCUUUCAUCGUGGAGCGGGACUUUGGGGGCGUCACCAACGGGAAGCCCGAGGAUAAAUUAGGCAUUCGAGGCUCCAACACCUGUGAAGUACAUUUUGAAAACACCAAAGUGCCUAUAGAGAAUGUAAUUGGAGAAGUUGGAGGGGGAUUUAAGGUUGCCAUGAAUAUCCUCAACAGUGGAAGAUUUAGCAUGGGCAGUGCAUCUGCUGGAAUGAUUAAAAAAUUGAUAGAAAUGACAUCAGAGUAUGCUUGUACCAGGAAACAAUUCAAUAAGAAACUCAGCCAGUUUGGAUUAAUUCAGGAGAAGUUUUGUUUGAUGGCUGUGAAAGCCUACGUGAUGGAGAGCAUGGCUUACCUGACUGCAGGGAUGAUGGACAAGCCAGGCUUCCCAGACUGCUCCGUGGAGGCUGCCAUGGUCAAGGUGUUCAGCUCUGAAGGUGCCUGGGCGUGUGUGAGUGAGGCACUGCAGAUCCUUGGAGGCCUUGGCUACAUGAAGGACUAUCCCUACGAACGCUACCUCAGGGACACCAGGAUACUGCUCAUUUUUGAGGGAACCAAUGAAAUCCUGAGAAUGUACAUUGCACUGACAGGGCUGCAGCACGCAGGCAAGAUCUUAACUGACAAAAUUAAAGCAAUCAAGAAAGGAAACGUGGGAGUGGCCCUGGGGGAGUUCCUGACCAGGUUACAGGACACCCUGGGCAGGAAGGUGGAUUUGGGGCUUGUAGGUGACCGUGGGGUGGUGCAUCCCAGCCUCCAGGAGAGUGCCAAGAAACUUGAAGAAAACAUUUAUUAUUUUGGAACUACAGUCAGGGGCCUGCUAAGUAGGUUUGGCAAGACGAUAGUGGAGGAGCAGCUGGUGCUGAAGAGAGUGGCAGAUGUGGUGAUUAAUUUGUAUGCGAUGACUGCAGCCAUCUCCCGGGCGAGCCGCUCCAUCAGCAUCGGGCUCAGGAACCACGACCACGAGGUGCUUCUUACAAAUAUCUUCUGCACAGAAGCCUAUUUCAAGAAUAAUUAUGCCAUGACUCAAUUAGAAAAAUAUGCCGAUGAAAACCUGGAUGAUUCUAUUAAAAAAGCUGCAAAGCAGAUCCUGGAGAAGAGGGCAUACAUCUGCUCCCACCCCCUGGACAGGACCUUCUGAUCCCUCCCUGACUGCAGGUACUGAUGAAUGGAAAUCUGGGAGGGAUUCGCUGCAGUUCAAGGAUUUGACACCUUAAAAAGAUCUGUUAUUUAAUGACUUUACUAAAUGUAACUGUAUAAAAUAAAACUUCUUUCUAACCACAACUUCACAGAAAAAGGGUAAAUAAAGAGAUUUUAUUUAAAGCUCUA